CUGGAUGCAGUAAAACAAGAAGUAGACAUUCAGUUACAUGCACAGUCAACAACGACAGCUUGCAGUUUGCUUUGUACUGUGUAUUAUAGCUAGUUAGUUAACCUAAGCUUCUCAACAUUUACAUUCAAACGUAGCCACUGCAGGACACUUGCAGCGACUUUGCUGGCCUGGUUUGGAAUCUGUAGCUUCAUGAGCUGCUAUGUCUGCUGAGGCUUCAGCUCAGAGGAUGGCAACUUCCCCAGUCCCUGUUCCUCUGUCUGCCAGCCAGGGCUCUGCCAGCCAGGGCUCUGAGGAGAAGGAGAGUGGUGGAGCACUGGCAAGGAGCAAGUAUAUCAAGUUGAACGUGGGGGGCUCCCUGCAUUAUACCACAGUACAAACCCUGAGCAAAGAGGAAAGCUUGCUGAGGAGCAUGUGUGAUGGAGGAACCGACGUCGCUAUAGACUCAGAAGGCUGGAUAGUGUUGGAUAGGUGUGGGCGCCAUUUUGGAUUGGUCUUGAACUUCUUACGGGAUGGCUCAGUGCCUCUCCCUGAAGCCCACAGAGAGCUGGAGGAAGUUUUGAAAGAGGCUCAGUACUACAGGGUCCAGGGGCUGGUCCAACACUGCCUCGCUACCAUGCAGAUGCGAAAUGACAUCUAUGAGGGGGUGUGCCGCAUUCCUAUGAUCACCUCAGCCACAGAAGAACAAAGGAUGAUUGCCACCUGUAGGAAGCCUGUAGUUAAGCUUCAAAACAACAGAGGAAACAACAAGUACUCGUAUACCAGUAACUCUGAUGACAACCUACUCAAGAACAUUGAGCUGUUUGAUAAGCUGGGUCUACGCUUCAACGGCCGUGUUCUGUUUGUCAAAGAUGUGCUUGGUGAUGAGAUCUGUUGUUGGUCCUUUUAUGGCGAAGGCCGCAAGAUUGCUGAGGUCUGCUGUACCUCCAUUGUCUAUGCAACUGAGAAGAAACAGACCAAAGUGGAGUUUCCAGAAGCACGUAUUUUUGAAGAAACUCUCAAUAUUCUUAUCUAUGAGAAUGGACGCUCUGGUCCCGGUGGAGUGGGUCUUUUGGAGUCUGGUGGCUCGGGUUCCUCUCCCAGGGCUGGUCAGCUGGAGGAAGAGGGGGCAGGAGGGGACAGGGGGGCCGGCAUGGCAGGAGGGGACAGAAGGGUGAGACGGAUCCACGUGAGGAGGCACAUUAUGCAUGAUGAGAGGGGCCAUGGUCAACAGACUGUCUACAAGGACUGAAAGAGAAGUCUUUAUUCCUGGGGAAAUGGAGAGGGAUAUUAAAAGAUGAAGAUGCACUACUAGGAGGUAACAUUGGGAAUCACUGCACAUAUGAUAAAUAGAAUCCUUUAUAGACUGGAAAACACCUAACUUGAAGUUCUCUUGAUUUCAAACUUUGGAGAGGAACCUUUGAUGUUGGCACAAUGCGCUAAUAAUGAUGCCCAAGUACCGUCAACUGGUUUGAUAUUCCCUGCUUAUUGAAUGAAUGAUAUGUCAUACCAAAAUAACAUGUACUCACAUCAUUUCAACAGUUAUUGUUAGUGUCAUGAACACAAAAUAGAGGAGUUCAGUCAUAAUUUGGUACUUAAACAUUGCACAAGUAGUAAUUGGGGAGUCUUGGGGAUUUCUGGGGAAGGAUAUGUAAAUAGAAACUACACCCACUAUUUGCUUUCAUAUUUUUUUUUAUUACAUUUGUCAUCAUUAAGUUAUAAAAAAUAUGGUUAAUUUAUUAUAUUUAUUAUUUUAUUAUUGUGAAUGUAUUAUGUAAGAUCAUCUUGUAGGGAUUUUGUAGUAGAAGGUUUAGGCAGCUGAUUUACAGUUGAAUGACAAUUUAACUGUAAACAUGUAAUUUCUGAAAUAUAAUGGAUUUUUGUUCAUUUGCAUUUCAAAUUCCAGUUCUGAAACUGAAAGUACCAUACCAAUGCCAUAUAAUGGGGAGUUUUAUUUUUUUGUUUUUACAGAUGUGCAAGCCAUAAUUUCUCAACAUUAUGUAAUUUGUUUGUCCAAUGUUAAACUUAGUCUUGUUAAAUGUCAUUGUCAUCAUUCAUUUGUCAUUGUAUAUAGUUUUAUAUUUGGA